UUUCAGUCUACUUUUAAACUCAAGUGGUAUAUCUCAGAAAGUUUGUUAGGACAAAGAUAAAGUCUGUGAUGCCUGCGACCUACUCUACCAACAUGCGUUCGAAGUUUCCUAUCCUGGCAAUAUUGCUGGAAGUUGUGAUCAUUAUUCUAUAUGCAGUUUUUGUUAGAUAUGAUGAAGAAGCUGAUUCUAGAUUUUCUAAUAGCACCAGCGGACUAGACCAAUUCCACAAUCUAUAUCCAAGUUUCCAAGAUGUGCACGUCAUGAUCUUUGUGGGAUUUGGCUUUCUUAUGACUUUUUUGAAGAAAUAUGGAUUCAGCAGUGUGGGAUACAACUUGCUCAUUGCUGCCUUUGGUCUUCAAUGGGGCACACUGAUGCAAGGCUGGUUGCACCAUAUGCAUAACAGACAAAUCCACGUCAACAUUCUCAGCUUAAUCAACGCAGACUUCAGCACAGCAACGGUCCUGAUUUCAUUUGGAGCAAUCUUGGGGAAGACAAAUCCGGUCCAGCUUCUGAUCAUGACUUUGUUGGAGAUAACAAUAUUUGCUGUCAAUGAGCACCUGGUUACUGGCAUCCUGAAGGUCAAAGACGUUGGUGCAUCAAUGACGAUUCAUGCGUUUGGCGCAUACUUUGGCCUGAUGGUUUCUCGAGUUCUGCACAGACCAGCUUUACAAGAUCCCCAUGAAAAUGAAGGAUCUCUAUAUCAUUCAGAUUUAUUUGCAAUGAUUGGUACGCUCUUCUUAUGGAUGUUUUGGCCAAGCUUUAACUCUGCCAUUGUAGAAUCUCCGGAUGGGCAGUACAGGGCUGUCAUCAACACCUACUACUCUCUGGCUGCCUGCGUGCUCACAGCCUAUGCUCUCUCCAUUUUGGUUGAUAAGAAAGGAAAGUUGGACAUGGUUCAUAUACAGAAUGCUACCCUGGCAGGAGGCGUAGCUGCUGGAACCUCUGCUGACAUGAUGAUCUUUCCUUAUGGAGGUCUGCUGAUUGGAUUUAUUGCUGGAAUAGUCUCGACAGUUGGAUUUAAAUUUCUAAUGCCGAUUUUAGCAUCUAAAUUAAAAAUACAUGAUACCUGUGGUGUACAUAAUCUUCAUGGAUUACCCGGACUAAUUGGAGGUCUGGCUGGUAUAAUCGGAGCAGCAAUGGCCAGCAAGGAGUUAUACGGGGAAGGAUUGGCGUCAACCUUCCCUGAUUUUAAAACAAGAUCUGCCAUGCAACAGGCUGGAUACCAAGCUGCUGGGCUGGGCAUAUCUGUUGCUGUGGCCCUCGUUGGAGGACUUAUUACAGGUUUCAUUCUUCGCAUUCCAAUUUGGGGACAGCCACCAGAUCAAAAUUGUUUUGAUGAUCAUAUCUAUUGGGAGGUGCCAGGAAGUGAAGAUGAGCACAAUGAACUGCUUUCAUCAGAACAUGGAAAACAUAAAACUAAUGCUGAAGCAUGAUCAAACACGAUUUUGCAGGAACAUUGUGAGCAAUACUCAAUAUUGAAUUCAACAUAUUUCAUCUGAAUUUGUAAAUGAAUAACACAAAACACAAAUAGCUUCAGAAUUUUAAAUUACAAUCUUUUAUGCAUUUCAGAAAAAGUUUUAAUAUUUUUAUUCAAUUAGCAACCUUUUAUAAAUCUCUUUGGCCUCGUCUUUCUUAAACUGCUGGGGCAUCAUUUGUUUUGCUUAUACAUUCAGAAUUCUCCUUGUUGGGUUGGAGUUGCAAUGAUACAAGUCUGUAAAUGAUUGCAGCUUGAAGCACCACUACGUCUUAAGAAUAUAAUCAUCAAAUACUAUUGAGUUGUUGUAGGCAUUGUCUAGCAGCAAGGAGGAAAUAAAAAUCUCUAAAGUUACGUUGUAAGGGAAUACUCUUAGUUUCCAGACUGAAUUUAUAUUGCAAUUGAUACCAUUAACAUAGAGCCAAUGGUUACUCACCUCAUGAAUGUUUGAGAAACUAGCUCAACAUAAAGUGACGGCCUUACAUAAUAAAUAGUAAGCGCAAAAAAUCAAUUGUAUCUCAAAUAUUUAAGAUUUUUGAGCAUAUGAAUUUCAAAUGUUCUCAUAUUACAUAUUUCUCAUUAGAAAUACUAGAAUUAAUUAGUGAGGAGAAAAGAAAUUUCAUCAGUGUCCAAAGAUCAUUCUGUAAGGAUAGAAAUGGAUGUGGUUAUAUUUGAUCACAGUAAAACUAUUUGAUAAAACUUACUCACUAGAUUCACAUAUAAAGAAUGAUCUCUUUAACAUGGUUUUGAAGACCUGAUGGUAUCUAAAAACUUCCCUUCAUGAAUCAGUAAUUUCAAAAUAAAACUCAAGAAAACUAUAUUUUAACUAUGACAGGGAAUCUAAAAUAUCUAUUUGGUGAGAAAAAUCAGAUCAAAUAUUUUCCCCAUGAGGAUUAAGAUUCAAGUAUGCAGGUUGCAAGAAAAUUGUUCACCGUGUGUUAAAUUCUUAUCUUCCAAUUUUCUUUACUUAGUUGUCAGCUGCCAGUUUUCUUUGGCUUGCGCUUUUCAUGCCUUUAGUGCAUUUGUAUUUCCCACUAUUAGAGUGUUGAAGUCAAAUAUGCAGUUUCCUCAAGAGUGGUUAUAGCUGAAAGAGCAGGGAUGCAUAGGGUCACGAAGAGGACAAGGAUUUGUGAUGUAGUUUAGAAUGACGGUAAGUGAUAAAGUGUGAAAUUGUUAGGUGGUUAUGGGAUUGUCCAGGUCACAGUUAGGUAUAUUCUCGCGUGAAAGUAAAAGUGUGGUGUGUGUGUGUGUGUGUGUGUGUGUGUGUCUGUCUGUUAGUUUG